UAUUUAUUAGAUUACGCAAUUUUGCUCCUGGACGACUCGCAAAGCUCUAUCCUUGACAUCGACUUCAGAAUCGAACUCGAGCCAUAACUCCACAGCUCAUAACAAGAAGGCGGAUGACCAAAAGAACGGCUUCGUCAUCGCUAACUUCGUAGCAAUGUUUCAUAUCCAAUCCAGUCCAAUGUACACAACACUAAACACUUCUAUUCCGAGGCAUGUACGUACAACAGAAAUGUCCACCAGGGUACGGACGUCGCGGUUUUUCUUGCGAAGAAUGCCCUGCCGGAUGGUUCGGCGAUGGUGUCUGCCAACCAUGCCCUCCGAAUACCUACACUCUUCGGACAGGAUCCGCUUACUGCCUGCAGUGUCCGCCAAACACCUUUAUUGGAACACAGUGUCGCUCGACAGGCAACGCUGUAGAGUUGAGUCUUCUAGGCCUUGUGAUGAAGUACGGAUUCUUUACAACCCUAGUGCUCUCCCUGACUAUGGGUUGUAUUCUCACUUGGUUCGUCUGCCGUAAACGACCGAAGGGCGCAGCGAACGAGAAGCAGUUGAACGCGUCUCAACCUCUCUUGCUAGCAGAUUCGAAAGGUAGUGGUGACGAUGACGAUGCGGAUGACACUGCGGUCAACGAACGCGAGGAGGAAGACAUGGGAGUGACGUCGAGCGUGCCGCCACCCGAGAGCAGCAGCGAGGAAGAGGGUGGAGGAGACGCCUCGCCUUCAAAGUCGCUCAUGUUGAAGCGACUUCUGGAACAAGGGGCUGUUCUCCCCGUCCAAGGGGUGGAUAUUAACGAAAUAUCAAUGCGAGCGAAGCAACUUCGAUCCAAACCAUCCAGGACUGAACAGAGCAAGAGAAGCUAUCUUCGUUAACCUUAACGCUCAACUAUCAUAAUAUGGAUAUAAUCUUCCUUCGUGAAUCACAACAAAAAUCGAGCACGCAUAUAACGCAUAAAGCUAUAUCUCAUAUUAAAAAAAAA